GCGGCGGUCACAUGAGGUGGGCGGUGUGCGCGCUUCCGGGACUGCGCGGAGUGGCGGGUCGGGCAGGGCGGCACAGCGCAGCGGUUCGGCCGCCGUCAGCUCCGAACUGACCCGCAGUGUGAGUGCGGCCAGAGCCAACACAGCCAGGAUUUUCAACUGGAUUGGAUUUGGAUGUUAGCAGAAUGGUUUAUUAUGUUCUGUUGUUGGCAAUUCCCUGUUGCUGGUGAUGGGUGAGCCUGAAAAAACGCAGCUCUGCUUGCACAUCUCAGGCUGCUCAUUAGCCUGCUGUCCAGAAGACGAGAGGUUCUGGCUGAUCAGGAGUAACUAUUAACAGUUCAAGUUGGCUGGAGAAUGGAAGGUGUUGAGUUUAAGGAAGAAUGGCAAGAUGAAGAUUUUCCAAGGCCCCUGCCAGAGGAUGAUCCUGUUGACUCAGAUGUAUUGGCUGCAGCUGGAACAGAAGGUGAAACUGCAGUUAAUGGAACCAAAGUGAGGAAGAAACUUCCAGCUCCUGAUAUCAGCUUAAAUUUAGAUCGCAGCGAGGAGUCUGUUUUGUCUGACUUGGAUGAGAGUGGAGACAUUGAUUUGGAUGACUUAGAUACUCCUUCAGAGAAUAGCAAUGAGUUUGAAUGGGAAGAUGAUCUUCCAAAGCCAAAAACUACUGAUGUAAUUAGAAAAGGAUCACUUACUGAAUAUACAGCAGCAGAGGAGAAAGAGGAUGGUCGACGCUGGCGUAUGUAUAGGAUUGGCGAACAGGACCAUAGGGUGGACAUGAAGGCAAUCGAACCGUAUAAAAAAGUUAUCAGUCAUGGUGGUUAUUAUGGUGAUGGGCUAAAUGCCAUCGUUGUGUUUGCUGUUUGCUUUAUGCCUGAAAGCAGCCAGCCUAACUACAGAUACCUAAUGGACAAUCUAUUUAAGUAUGUAAUUGGCACUUUAGAGCUACUAGUAGCAGAGAAUUAUAUGAUAGUGUACCUGAAUGGUGCAACAACACGGCGAAAAAUGCCAAGCAUAGGCUGGCUUAGGAAGUGUUACCAGCAAAUUGACAGAAGGUUAAGGAAGAAUCUGAAGUCAUUAAUCAUAGUUCAUCCUUCUUGGUUCAUCAGAACGCUUCUGGCCAUCACAAAACCUUUUAUUAGCUCAAAAUUCAGUCAGAAAAUUAGGUAUGUCUUUACCCUGGCAGAACUAGCUGAACUCAUCCCCAUGGAAUACGUUGGCAUCCCAGAAUGCAUAAAACAGUAUGAAGAAGAAAAGUUUAGAAAGAAACAAACAAGAGUUGACCAAGAACUGAAUGGAAAACAAGAGCAGAAGAGUGAACAGUAAGUUGGGAGUCCAAUACAAGACUGAAGAAUGUACAGAUGGAUUUAUGCUAUUUUCUCCACUUAUGAUGCAUUCAUGCGUGUAUAUAUUACAUAACCUGUUGCAAGAGGUGCUUAACUUUAGACUGGCACACAAUGGACUCUUCACUCCUGUAUUGGUUUGUCCUGAUUUGAGUAGCUGCCUUCGUGUAAUCUUUUUAUACAGCCAAAUGUCAAAGAACCCCAUGUUUAGAGGAUGUUCUUACAUUUGUUUAUCCAAAUGAUGCAUGUUCUUCAGUAAAAUAUUUAUAUAUCUAUAAUGCUAAAGGAAAGAUAAUAUAUAUUUUUAUGACUUCGAGCAAUACAUUGUGUACCUACUGAAGGAAUUCAUUUGCAGGUAGGCAAGGCCAUAAACUACUCGUUAUUGUAUAAAGUGCAUGAUCUGUUUUUGCUGUAAAUGGUCAAGUGCAUUUCUUGGUUGUCAUAGAAACCUUAAUUUGUUUGGAUAUUAACAAUCACAUACUGUAGUCUACUAUUUGUGUGGAGAUGCUGAUUUCUGUUCACAUCUAAUACAAGCAGUACUCAUUUACCUCACUAGAGUGAGCUUGAGCUUUGUCUUUUAGUCCACUUCUCAGAACGCUGAUCUGGAGUUCUCUGAAUUUCUGUCUGUUGGCCAAAGGGUAUAAGCCUAAGCUACAGUGGAAACUAAACUGUGUAAGUGACUGAUAUCAGACCUGCAUAAAGUUAAGCUGCAAAUUUCAGAUUCUGCUUCAGUAAAUGGAGGCGACUUCAGCUACCAGGAUGAAGUGAGUUUGUUCUGGUUUGUUUGUUUGUUUUUGUGGAUAAAUAUCAGUUAUCACCAAUAGAAGUUCUGCUUAUUUUCAGUAGAGCUUUGGAGCGGCAUAGAUAUCUUAGCAUUGUUUGCAGAGAUCAGGAUAAUCUUACUAUGACUGUGUCAUCCUUGUAGAUGCAGCAUCCAUUUCUAAAGCUCUUGGCUUGGCACCUGAUAGUAGUGUUAACCAAAAAAA